UCUAAAAUAUCUUCAUCCCUAACCUUGGCCUAACCUAAUUUUCUUCCCUUCUUUUUUAAAAGCCAAUGUCCACCAUCUCCGAAAUCUCACCUUCUUUCCCUGCUAACUCAUCUACCUUGAGAGUUCAACUUGUAUCAAAGCUAAAAUCAGAUAAGCUUCUCAACAAGUUCUUCGAUGUAUCUGAAUAUAACUUUAACUACGAACAGAGUGGAUUGUGGUCUCCGCCUAUUAAAAGAAACGCAUUCUUGAAUUCACCCACGAGUAGAAUAUUCACCGAACAAGACAUGUCAGCUAAACUUAAAAAUAUUAUGGAUUCUCGUAGUCAGAGGCGAAAAAAGUACAAUUUUGCAUGUUUCAAUGUAUGGCAAUUUGGUGUUGUUGAGGGAGACAGAAUGCAGCACCUUCAACUUAUUUCCAUGGAUGUGGGUGUUGCAGGUGAAGUUAGAAAACACAGGUAACCAGAAAAACAAAAAA